AUGGCGGGACAUGAGGCCAAUUCUAAGCCCAUCUUUUACCAGCAGCAAAAUGAGAGAUAUCUCGAUCAAGAUGUUAUGGAGAUCGAAAUGAAAGACACAUUUACGCGUUUUACCAACGACGUUAUUGCUACGACUGCUUUUGGUAUUAAAAUUGAUUCAAUGAAGAAUAAAGACAACGAAUUUUUUGUUAUAGGUAAAGAUAUCACCAGCUUCAGUGGAUUUUGGAAAAGUCGAAAACUUUUAGGAAUACUUAUAAAAGUUGGCAUGUUCAAUGGACGUGUCAGAAAGUUUUUCACUGGUAUUAUUGAUGAUACAAUCAAAGUCAGAGAAGAAAAGGGAAUAGUACGUCCAGAUAUGAUCCAUCUUUUAAUGGAAGCAAGGAAAGGAGUUCAACAACAUAAAGAAAAAAUUAUAGAUACAGGAUUUGCGGUUGUUGCUGGUCAUGGUGUUGCGGACAUCGCUGCUCAGUCUAUGAUCUUCUUCUUUGCUGGUUUUGAUUCGAUAUCUUCGUUAAUGUGUUUCGUAUCCUAUGAGUUAACAAUCAAUCCUGACAUUCAAAACCGACUUAAAACAGAAAUAAUGGACACACUAGAAAAGUACAAUGGCGACGUACCAUAUGAAGCGAUAUUAAAAAUGAGAUAUUUAGACAUGGUGGUAUCAGGUGCAGGAGUGGACAGAAUUUGCACCAAACCCUACAUGAUUGAACCUACCACACCAGACGAGAAACCUGUCUAUCUGAAGAAAGACACAGCAAUAUGGUUCCCAAUCUAUGCUAUUCACCGUGAUCCUCAGUACAGUCCAGAUCCAGAGAUGUUUAACCCUGAAAGAUUUAACGAUGAAAACAAACACAACAUUCAACCUUACUCUUACAUCCCCUUUGGAGUUGGCCCUAGGAACUGUAUCGGAUCUAGAUUUGCACUUUUGGAGAAUAAAGUCGUGUUCUUUCAUUUAUUGUCCAACUAUGAGCUAAAGCCUUCGGCAAAAUCACCAAUACCUCUGAAAAUUUGUAAAAAGCCAUUCAAUUUGGCUGCCGAAGAAGGUUUUUGGUUUAAUAUGAAACGUAAUAAAUAA